AUGGACAACGUUCUGUAUGCGGAGUUCCUGACCUGGAGAGACAGACCUAGUCUGGACAGAAGUUCAGCCUUCCUGGGGCGGAUAUACAGGGAGGACAUCGUCCCCUGCCUCUCCUUCACACGAUCUGAGGUACCAGUACCUGCAUGUUUCUCUGUACAUAGAAUAGAAUACCAUAACUAUUCUAAUAGCAUAAUAGAAUACCAUAACUAUUCUAAUAGCAUAAUAGAAUAGAAUACCAUAACUAUUCUAAUAGCAUAAUAGAAUAGAAUACCAUAACUAUUCUAAUAGCAUAAUAUAAUACCAUAACUAUUCUAAUAGCAUAAUAUAAUACCAUAACUAUUCUAAUAGCAUAAUAGAAUACCAUAACUAUUCUAAUAGCAUAAUAGAAUAGAAUACCAUAACUAUUCUAAUAGCAUAAUAGAAUACCAUAACUAUUCUAAUAGCAUAAUAGAAUACCAUAGCUAUUCUAAUAGCAUAAUAGAAUACCAUAACUAUUCUAAUAGCAUAAUAGAAUACCAUAACUAUUCUAAUAGCAUAAUAGAAUACCAUAACUAUUCUAAUAGCAUAAUAGAAUACCAUAACUAUUCAAAUAGCAUAAUAGAAUACCAUAACUAUUCUAAUAGCAUAAUAGAAUACCAUAACUAUUCUAAUAGCAUAAUAGAAUAGAAUACCAUAACUAUUCUAAUAGCAUAAUAGAAUAACAUAACUAUUCUAAUAGCAUAAUAGAAUAGAAUACCAUAACUAUUCUAAUAGCAUAAUAGAAUAACAUAACUAUUCUAAUAGCAUAAUAGAAUAACAUAACUAUUCUAAUAGCAUAAUAGAAUACCAUAACUAUUCUAAUAGCAUAAUAGAAUAGAAUACCAUAACUAUUCUAAUAGCAUAAUAGAAUACCAUAACUAUUCUAAUAGCAUAAUAGAAUAGAAUACCAUAACUAUUCUAAUAGCAUAAUAGAAUACCAUAACUAUUCUAAUAGCAUAAUAGAAUACCAUAACUAUUCUAAUAGCAUAAUAGAAUACCAUAACUAUUCAAAUAGCAUAAUAGAAGACCAUAACUAUUCUAAUAGCAUAAUAGAAUACCAUAACUAUUCUAAUAGCAUAAUAGAAUAGAAUACCAUAACUAUUCUAAUAGCAUAAUAGAAUAACAUAACUAUUCUAAUAGCAUAAUAGAAUAGAAUACCAUAACUAUUCUAAUAGCAUAAUAGAAUAACAUAACUAUUCUAAUAGCAUAAUAGAAUAACAUAACUAUUCUAAUAGCAUAAUAGAAUACCAUAACUAUUCUAAUAGCAUAAUAGAAUAGAAUACCAUAACUAUUCUAAUAGCAUAAUAGAAUACCAUAACUAUUCUAAUAGCAUAAUAGAAUAGAAUACCAUAACUAUUCUAAUAGCAUAAUAGAAUACCAUAACUAUUCUAAUAGCAUAAUAGAAUACCAUAACUAUUCUAAUAGCAUAAUAGAAUAGAAUACCAUAACUAUUCUAAUAGCAUAAUAUAAUACCUUAACUGUUCUAAUAGCAUAAUAGAAUACCAUAACUAUUCUAAUAGCAUAAUAGAAUACCAUAACUAUUCUAAUAGCAUAAUAGAAUAGAAUACCAUAACUAUUCUAAUAGCAUAAUAGAAUAGAAUACCAUAACUAUUCUAAUAGCAUAAUAGAAUAGAAUACCAUAACUAUUCUAAUAGCAUAAUAGAAUACCAUAACUAUUCUAAUAGCAUAAUAGAAUACCAUAACUAUUCUAAUAGCAUAAUAGAAUACCAUAACUAUUCUAAUAGCAUAAUAGAAUACCAUAACUAUUCUAAUAGCAUAAUAGAAUACCAUAACUAUUCUAAUAGCAUAAUAGAAUAGAAUACCAUAACUAUUCUAAUAGCAUAAUAGAAUAGAAUACCAUAACUAUUCUAAUAGCAUAAUAGAAUACCAUAACUAUUCUAAUAGCAUAAUAGAAUACCAUAACUAUUCUAAUAGCAUAAUAGAAUAGAAUACCAUAACUAUUCUAAUAGCAUAAUAGAAUAGAAUACCAUAACUAUUCUAAUAGCAUAAUAGAAUACCAUAACUAUUCUAAUAGCAUAAUAGAACACCAUAACUAUUCUAAUAGCAUAAUAGAAUAGAAUACCAUAACUAUUCUAAUAGCAUAAUAGAAUAGAAUACCAUAACUAUUCUAAUAGCAUAAUAUAAUACCAUAACUAUUCUAAUAGCAUAAUAGAAUACCAUAACAAUUCUAAUAGCAUAAUAGAAUAGAAUACCAUAACUAUUCUAAUAGCAUAAUAGAAUACCAUAACUAUUCUAAUAGCAUAAUAGAAUAGAAUACCAUAACUAUUCUAAUAGCAUAAUAGAAUAGAAUACCAUAACUAUUCUAAUAGCAUAAUAGAAUAGAAUACCAUAACUAUUCUAAUAGCAUAAUAGAAUAGAAUACCAUAACUAUUCUAAUAGCAGAAUAGAAUACCAUAACUAUUCUAAUAGCAGAAUAGAAUAGAAUACCAUAACUAUUCUAAUAGCAUAAUAGAAUACCAUAACUAUUCUAAUAGCAUAAUAGAAUACCAUAACUAUUCUAAUAGCAUAAUAUAAUAGAACACCAUAACUAUUCUAAUAGCAUAAUAGAAUAGAAUACCAUAACUAUUCUAAUAGCAUAAUAGAAUAGAAUACCAUAACUAUUCUAAUAGCAUAAUAGAAUACCAUAACUAUUCUAAUAGCAUAAUAGAAUAGAAUACCAUAACUAUUCUAAUAGCAUAAUAGAAUACCAUAACUAUUCUAAUAGCAUAAUAGAAUACCAUAACUAUUCUAAUAGCAUAAUAGAAUAGAAUACCAUAACUAUUCUAAUAGCAUAAUAGAAUAGAAUACCAUAACUAUUCUAAUAGCAUAAUAGAAUACCAUAACUAUUCUAAUAGCAUAAUAGAACACCAUAACUAUUCUAAUAGCAUAAUAGAAUAGAAUACCAUAACUAUUCUAAUAGCAUAAUAGAAUAGAAUACCAUAACUAUUCUAAUAGCAUAAUAUAAUACCAUAACUAUUCUAAUAGCAUAAUAGAAUACCAUAACAAUUCUAAUAGCAUAAUAGAAUAGAAUACCAUAACUAUUCUAAUAGCAUAAUAGAAUACCAUAACUAUUCUAAUAGCAUAAUAUAAUAGAAUACCAUAACUAUUCUAAUAGCAUAAUAGAAUAGAAUACCAUAACUAUUCUAAUAGCAUAAUAGAAUAGAAUACCAUAACUAUUCUAAUAGCAUAAUAGAAUAGAAUACCAUAACUAUUCUAAUAGCAGAAUAGAAUACCAUAACUAUUCUAAUAGCAUAAUAGAAUAGAAUACCAUAACUAUUCUAAUAGCAUAAUAGAAUACCAUAACUAUUCUAAUAGCAUAAUAGAAUACCAUAACUAUUCUAAUAGCAUAAUAGAAUACCAUAACUAUUCUAAUAGCAUAAUAUAAUAGAACACCAUAACUAUUCUAAUAGCAUAAUAGAAUAGAAUACCAUAACUAUUCUAAUAGCAUAAUAGAAUAGAAUACCAUAACUAUUCUAAUAGCAUAAUAGAAUACCAUAACUAUUCUAAUAGCAUAAUAGAAUAGAAUACCAUAACUAUUCUAAUAGCAUAAUAGAAUACCAUAACUGUUCUAAUAGCAUAAUAGAAUAGAAUACCAUUACUAUUCUAAUAUCAUAAUAUAAUAGAAUACCAUAACUAUUCUAAUAGCAUAAUAGAAUAGAAUACCAUAACUAUUCUAAUAGCAUAAUAUAAUAGAAUACCAUAACUAUUCUAAUAGCAUAAUAGAAUACCAUAACUAUUCUAAUAGCAUAAUAUAAUACCAUAACUAUUCUAAUAGCAUAAUAGAAUACCAUAACUAUUCUAAUAGCAUAAUAGAAUAGAAUACCAUAACUAUUCUAAUAGCAUAAUAGAAUACCAUAACUAUUCAAAUAGCAUAAUAGAAUACCAUAACUAUUCUAAUAGCAUAAUAGAAUAGAAUACCAUAACUAUUCAAAUAGCAUAAUAGAAUAGAAUACCAUAACUAUUCUAAUAGCAUAAUAGAAUACCAUAACUAUUCUAAUAGCAUAAUAUAAUAGAAUACCAUAACUAUUCUAAUAGCAUAAUAGAAUACCAUAACUAUUCUAAUAGCAUAAUAGAAUAGAAUACCAUAACUAUUCUAAUAGCAUAAUAGAAUACCAUAACUAUUCUAAUAGCAUAAUAGAAUACCAUAACUAUUCUAAUAGCAUAAUAGAAUAGAAUACCAUAACUAUUCUAAUAGCAUAAUAGAAUAGAAUACCAUAACUAUUCUAAUAGCAUAAUAGAAUACCAUAACUAUUCUAAUAGCAUAAUAGAAUAGAAUACCAUAACUAUUCUAAUAGCAUAAUAGAAUAGAAUACCAUAACUAUUCUAAUAGCAUAAUAGAAUACCAUAACUAUUCUAAUAGCAUAAUAGAAUACCAUAACUAUUCUAAUAUCAUAAUAGAAUACCAUAACUAUUCUAAUAGCAUAAUAGAAUAGAAUACCAUAACUAUUCUAAUAGCAUAAUAGAAUAGAACACCAUAACUAUUCUAAUAGCAUAAUAGAAUAGAAUACCAUAACUAUUCUAAUAGCAUAAUAGAAUACCAUAACUAUUCUAAUAGCAUAAUAGAAUAGAAUACCAUAACUAUUCUAAUAGCAUAAUAGAAUACCAUAACUAUUAUAAUAGCAUAAUAGAAUAGAAUACCAUAACUAUUCUAAUAGCAUAAUAUAAUAGAACACCAUAACUAUUCUAAUAGUAUAAUAGAAUAGAAUACCAUAACUAUUCUAAUAGCAUAAUAGAAUAGAAUACCAUAACUAUUCUAAUAGCAUAAUAGAAUAACAUAACUAUUCUAAUAGCAUAAUAGAAUAGAAUACCAUAACUAUUCUAAUAGCAUAAUAGAAUACCGUAACUGUUCUAAUAGCAUAAUAGAAUAGAAUACCAUUACUAUUCUAAUAGCAUAAUAUAAUAGAAUACCAUAACUAUUCUAAUAGCAUAAUAGAAUAGAAUACCAUAACUAUUCUAAUAGCAUAAUAGAAUAGAAUACCAUAACUAUUCUAAUAGCAUAAUAGAAUACCAUAACUAUUCUAAUAGCAUAAUAUAAUACCAUAACUAUUCUAAUAGCAUAAUAGAAUACCAUAACUAUUCUAAUAGCAUAAUAGAAUAGAAUACCAUAACUAUUCUAAUAGCAUAAUAGAAUACCAUAACUAUUCAAAUAGCAUAAUAGAAUACCAUAACUAUUCUAAUAGCAUAAUAGAAUAGAAUACCAUAACUAUUCUAAUAGCAUAAUAGAAUAGAAUACCAUAACUAUUCUAAUAGCAUAAUAUAAUACCAUAACUAUUCUAAUAGCAUAAUAGAAUAGAAUACCAUAACUAUUCUAAUAGCAUAAUAGAAUAGAACACCAUAACUAUUCUAAUAGCAUAAUAGAAUAGAAUACCAUAACUAUUCUAAUAGCAUAAUAGAAUACCAUAACUAUUCUAAUAGCAUAAUAGAAUAGAAUACCAUAACUAUUCUAAUAGCAUAAUAGAAUACCAUAACUAUUAUAAUAGCAUAAUAGAAUACCAUAACUAUUCUAAUAGCAUAAUAGAAUAGAAUACCAUAACUAUUCUAAUAGCAUAAUAUAAUAGAACACCAUAACUAUUCUAAUAGCAUAAUAGAAUAGAAUACCAUAACUAUUCUAAUAGCAUAAUAGAAUAACAUAACUAUUCUAAUAGCAUAAUAGAAUAGAAUACCAUAACUAUUCUAAUAGCUUAAUAGAAUACCGUAACUGUUCUAAUAGCAUAAUAGAAUAGAAUACCAUUACUAUUCUAAUAGCAUAAUAUAAUAGAAUACCAUAACUAUUCUAAUAGCAUAAUAGAAUAGAAUACCAUAACUAUUCUAAUAGCAUAAUAGAAUAGAAUACCAUAACUAUUCUAAUAGCAUAAUAGAAUACCAUAACUAUUCUAAUAGCAUAAUAUAAUACCAUAACUAUUCUAAUAGCAUAAUAGAAUACCAUAACUAUUCUAAUAGCAUAAUAGAAUAGAAUACCAUAACUAUUCUAAUAGCAUAAUAGAAUACCAUAACUAUUCAAAUAGCAUAAUAGAAUACCAUAACUAUUCUAAUAGCAUAAUAGAAUAGAAUACCAUAACUAUUCUAAUAGCAUAAUAGAAUAGAAUACCAUAACUAUUCUAAUAGCAUAAUAUAAUACCAUAACUAUUCUAAUAGCAUAAUAGAAUAGAAUACCAUAACUAUUCUAAUAGCAUAAUAGAAUACCAUAACUAUUCUAAUAGCAUAAUAGAAUAGAAUACCAUAACUAUUCUAAUAGCAUAAUAGAAUACCAUAACUAUUCUAAUAGCAUAAUAUAAUACCAUAACUAUUCUAAUAGCAUAAUAGAAUAGAAUACCAUAACUAUUCUAAUAGCAUAAUAGAAUACCAUAACUAUUCUAAUAGCAUAAUAGAAUAGAAUACCAUAAAUAUUCUAAUAGCAUAAUAGAAUACCAUAACUAUUCUAAUAGCAUAAUAGAAUACCAUAACUAUUCUAAUAGCAUAAUAGAAUACCAUAACUAUUCUAAUAGCAUAAUAGAAUACCAUAACUAUUCUAAUAGCAUAAUAGAAUAGAAUACCAUAACUAUUCUAAUAGCAUAAUAGAAUACCAUAACUAUUCAAAUAGCAUAAUAGAAUACCAUAACUAUUCUAAUAGCAUAAUAGAAUAGAAUACCAUAACUAUUCUAAUAGCAUAAUAGAAUAGAAUACCAUAACUAUUCUAAUAGCAUAAUAGAAUACCAUAACUAUUCUAAUAGCAUAAUAGAAUAGAAUACCAUAACUAUUCUAAUAGCAUAAUAGAAUAGAAUACCAUUACUAUUCUAAUAUCAUAAUAUAAUAGAAUACCAUAACUAUUCAAAUAGCAUAAUAGAAUAGAAUACCAUAACUAUUCUAAUAGCAUAAUAGAAUACCAUAACUAUUCUAAUAGCAUAAUAUAAUAGAAUACCAUAACUAUUCUAAUAGCAUAAUAGAAUACCAUAACUAUUCUAAUAGCAUAAUAGAAUAGAAUACCAUAACUAUUCUAAUAGCAUAAUAGAAUACCAUAACUAUUCUAAUAGCAUAAUAGAAUACCAUAACUAUUCUAAUAGCAUAAUAGAAUAGAAUACCAUAACUAUUCUAAUAGCAUAAUAGAAUACCAUAACUAUUCUAAUAGCAUAAUAGAAUACCAUAACUAUUCUAAUAGCAUAAUAGAAUAGAAUACCAUAACUAUUCUAAUAGCAUAAUAGAAUAGAAUACCAUAACUAUUCUAAUAGCAUAAUAGAAUACCAUAACUAUUCUAAUAGCAUAAUAUAAUACCAUAACUAUUCUAAUAGCAUAAUAGAAUAGAAUACCAUAACUAUUCUAAUAGCAUAAUAGAAUACCAUAACUAUUCUAAUAGCAUAAUAGAAUAGAAUACCAUAACUAUUCUAAUAGCAUAAUAGAAUACCAUAACUAUUCUAAUAGCAUAAUAUAAUACCAUAACUAUUCUAAUAGCAUAAUAGAAUAGAAUACCAUAACUAUUCUAAUAGCAUAAUAGAAUACCAUAACUAUUCAAAUAGCAUAAUAGAAUACCAUAACUAUUCUAAUAGCAUAAUAGAAUAGAAUACCAUAACUAUUCUAAUAGCAUAAUAGAAUAGAAUACCAUAACUAUUCUAAUAGCAUAAUAUAAUACCAUAACUAUUCUAAUAGCAUAAUAGAAUAGAAUACCAUAACUAUUCUAAUAGCAUAAUAGAAUAGAAUACCAUAACUAUUCUAAUAGCAUAAUAGAAUACCAUAACUGUUCUAAUAGCAUAAUAGAAUACCAUAACUAUUCUAAUAGCAUAAUAGAAUAGAAUACCAUUACUAUUCUAAUAUCAUAAUAUAAUAGAAUACCAUAACUAUUCUAAUAGCAUAAUAGAAUAGAAUACCAUAACUAUUCUAAUAGCAUAAUAUAAUAGAAUACCAUAACUAUUCUAAUAGCAUAAUAGAAUACCAUAACUAUUCUAAUAGCAUAAUAUAAUACCAUAACUAUUCUAAUAGCAUAAUAGAAUACCAUAACUAUUCUAAUAGCAUAAUAGAAUAGAAUACCAUAACUAUUCUAAUAGCAUAAUAGAAUACCAUAACUAUUCAAAUAGCAUAAUAGAAUACCAUAACUAUUCUAAUAGCAUAAUAGAAUAGAAUACCAUAACUAUUCAAAUAGCAUAAUAGAAUAGAAUACCAUAACUAUUCUAAUAGCAUAAUAGAAUACCAUAACUAUUCUAAUAGCAUAAUAUAAUAGAAUACCAUAACUAUUCUAAUAGCAUAAUAGAAUACCAUAACUAUUCUAAUAGCAUAAUAGAAUAGAAUACCAUAACUAUUCUAAUAGCAUAAUAGAAUACCAUAACUAUUCUAAUAGCAUAAUAGAAUACCAUAACUAUUCUAAUAGCAUAAUAUAAUAGAAUACCAUAACUAUUCUAAUAGCAUAAUAGAAUACCAUAACUAUUCUAAUAGCAUAAUAGAAUACCAUAACUAUUCUAAUAGCAUAAUAGAAUAGAAUACCAUAACUAUUCUAAUAGCAUAAUAGAAUAGAAUACCAUAACUAUUCUAAUAGCAUAAUAGAAUACCAUAACUAUUCUAAUAGCAUAAUAGAAUACCAUAACUAUUCUAAUAUCAUAAUAGAAUACCAUAACUAUUCUAAUAGCAUAAUAGAAUAGAAUACCAUAACUAUUCUAAUAGCAUAAUAUAAUAGAACACCAUAACUAUUCUAAUAGCAUAAUAGAAUAGAAUACCAUAACUAUUCUAAUAGCAUAAUAGAAUAGAAUACCAUAACUAUUCUAAUAGCAUAAUAGAAUAGAAUACCAUAACUAUUCUAAUAGCAUAAUAGAAUACCAUAACUAUUAUAAUAGCAUAAUAGAAUACCAUAACUAUUUUAAUAGCAUAAUAGAAUAGAAUACCAUAACUAUUCUAAUAGCAUAAUAUAAUAGAACACCAUAACUAUUCUAAUAGCAUAAUAGAAUAGAAUACCAUAACUAUUCUAAUAGCAUAAUAGAAUAGAAUACCAUAACUAUUCUAAUAGCAUAAUAGAAUAACAUAACUAUUCUAAUAGCAUAAUAGAAUAGAAUACCAUAACUAUUCUAAUAGCAUAAUAGAAUACCGUAACUGUUCUAAUAGCAUAAUAGAAUAGAAUACCAUUACUAUUCUAAUAGCAUAAUAUAAUAGAAUACCAUAACUAUUCUAAUAGCAUAAUAGAAUAGAAUACCAUAACUAUUCUAAUAGCAUAAUAGAAUAGAAUACCAUAACUAUUCUAAUAGCAUAAUAGAAUACCAUAACUAUUCUAAUAGCAUAAUAUAAUACCAUAACUAUUCUAAUAGCAUAAUAGAAUACCAUAACUAUUCUAAUAGCAUAAUAGAAUAGAAUACCAUAACUAUUCUAAUAGCAUAAUAGAAUACCAUAACUAUUCAAAUAGCAUAAUAGAAUACCAUAACUAUUCUAAUAGCAUAAUAGAAUAGAAUACCAUAACUAUUCUAAUAGCAUAAUAGAAUAGAAUACCAUAACUAUUCUAAUAGCAUAAUAUAAUACCAUAACUAUUCUAAUAGCAUAAUAGAAUAGAAUACCAUAACUAUUCUAAUAGCAUAAUAGAAUACCAUAACUAUUCUAAUAGCAUAAUAGAAUAGAAUACCAUAACUAUUCUAAUAGCAUAAUAGAAUACCAUAACUAUUCUAAUAGCAUAAUAUAAUACCAUAACUAUUCUAAUAGCAUAAUAGAAUAGAAUACCAUAACUAUUCUAAUAGCAUAAUAGAAUACCAUAACUAUUCUAAUAGCAUAAUAGAAUAGAAUACCAUAAAUAUUCUAAUAGAAUAAUAGAAUACCAUAACUAUUCUAAUAGCAUAAUAGAAUACCAGAACUAUUCUAAUAGCAUAAUAGAAUACCAUAACUAUUCUAAUAGCAUAAUAGAAUACCAUAACUAUUCUAAUAGCAUAAUAGAAUACCAAAACUAUUCUAAUAGCAUAAUAGAAUACCAUAACUAUUCUAAUAGAAUAAUAUCAUUCAAAUUAGACAAAAAAAAUGCCUAACAGCAUAAUUGACAGAAGACAGAUAUAAAUACAUAUGAAAUAAACCAAAAGUCACAAGAAUAAAUGUAUAUGACUUUUAAUUGUUAAUAAUAAUAAAUAAUAAUAAUAAUAAUAAUAAUACAUAUAGAUGUGUCGGGGAGAAGGCUUUUGUGCGUAUGUAUAGUUUGUUGUUGUAUUACUUGCAUUGUGACUCCUUGUUCCGGCCACAGUUGUCUCAGUCGGUACAGAGUGCAGUGGAGAACAACUCUCUGACCAUCGAGCCGGUGGCCAUGUCAGCUUUACCCGUGGUCAAAGCCAACGCCAUAGAGUGUGGCGGGCCCAAGUGAGUUAUCCCUCAAUGUUAUUAAAACGUUAUCACAACAUUAUUACAGUGUUAUAAGGUUGUUUAUUUCCAACAUUGGGACUGUUUCCCUCAGAAAAUGUAGUCAGCUUCACGUUUUGUUUCCUUACAACUGGACCACACCCAUCACUGCCCACCCAUCACUGCCCACCCAUCACUGCCCACCCAUCACUGCCCACCCAUCACUGCCCACCCAUCACUGCCCACCCAUCACUGCCCACCCAUCACUGCCCACCCAUCACUGCCCACCCAUCACUGCCCACCCAUCACUGCCCACCCAUCACUCUCUCUUCCUCUGUCUCUGUUCAUUCUCAUUCAAUGUCUAUUCAUGCUCAAAUCAACACUCCCUCUGCUCUUGGUGAUUUAUCACAAUUACACGUGUCAUCUAUAAUUAAUAUCAUUAUUCAUGACUCCGUGGCAAAUUAUGCAAACUUGAUUGGUGUGACUUUCUAUAGAUUAGUUUAGUUUUUCUCUUCAAAUCUGUUCUGAGUUUCAUCCUAAUGAGUUGAAUCAAUGGGCUACACUGCUAAUGGGGCACAGCUUCACCUCAUGCUUCCUAAUCAAAUUUUGAUUGAAUUCUUUUCCCAGCGGCUUGAGGGCAGCAGUAGAGACGUAAGUGACUUCAGGAGCCAAUCAUUUCAUUACCUUACUUUUCCACGAACAACAAAGUGUUCUGUGCUCUAUGUUGUUCUCUGUUCUGAAUGCUUACCCUUCCACUCUCUUCAGAAUACCCUCCAACACUCUGUCCAACCAUGCAUGUCUUGUUGUUGUUCACUGCCAUCUUGUCUGUCCUCCCAGUGUAUCUGAAGUCUAAUAUACACAGCUCUUGUAAAGCAUCUUGUCUGUCCUCCCAGUGUAUCUGAAGUCUAAUAUACCUCAUAUUUCUCAGAUGUAUCUACAGUGGGGAAAAAAAGUAUUUAGUCAGCCACCAAUUGUGCAAGUUCUCCCACUUAAAAAGAUGAGAGAGGCCUGUAAUUUUCAUCAUAGGUACACGUCAACUAUGACAGACAAAAUGAGAUUUUUUUUUCUCCAGAAAAUCACAUUGUAGGAUUUUUAAUGAAUUUAUUUGCAAAUUAUGGUGGAAAAUAAAUAUUUGGUCAAUAACAAAAGUUUCUCAAUACUUUGUUAUAUCCAAAUGCACUCUAGCAAACUUCAGACGGGCCUGGACAUGUACUGGCUUAAGCAGGGGGACACGUCUGGCAGUGCAGGAUUUGAGUCCCUGGCGGCGUAGUGUGUUACUGAUGGUAGGCUUUGUUACUUUGGUCCCAGCUCUCUGCAGGUCAUUCACUAGGUCCCCCCGUGUGGUUCUGGGAUUUUUGCUCACCGUUCUUGUGAUCAGUUUGACCCCACGGGGUGAGAUCUUGCGUGGAGCCCCAGAUCGAGGGAGAUUAUCAGUGGUCUUGUAUGUCUUCCAUUUCCUAAUAAUUGCUCCCACAGUUGAUUUCUUCAAACCAAGCUGCUUACCUAUUGCAGAUUCCGUCUUCCCAGCCUGGUGCAGGUCUUCAAUUUUGUUUCUGGUGUCCUUUGACAGCUCUUUGGUCUUGGCCAUAGUGGAGUUUGGAGUGUGACUGUUUGAGGUUGUGGACAGGUGUCUUUUAUACUGAUAACAAGUUCAAACAGGUGCCAUUAAUACAGGUAACGAGUGGAGGACAGAGGAGCCUCUUAAAGAAGAAGUUACAGGUCUGUGAGAGCCAGAAAUCUUGCUUGUUUGUAGGUGACCAAAUACUUAUUUUCCACCAUAAUUUGCAAAUAAAUUCAUUAAAAAUCCUACAAUGUGAUUUUCUGGAUUUUUUUUCCUCAAUUUGUCUGUCAUAGUUGACGUGUACCUAUGAUGAAAAUUACAGGCCUCUCUAAUAUUUUUAAGUGGGAGAACUUGCACAAUUGGUGGCUGACUAAAUACUUUUUUCCCCACUGUAACUCCAUCCAGGGAGGAAGCGGCUCCAUAUCUGUCCAGUGUUCAGCCACAUGUUGUUCGUUCCUUUUCAUGUUCUCAUGUCUUCUACAUGUAGGGUCGGUUUCCCAGACCCAGGUUAAGACUAGUCCUGGACUAAAAAAAAACCUGCUCAAUGGAGAAUCUCCCUUGAAAGUGCUUUUAGGUACAUGUUUUAGGCUUAAUUUGUGGUCCAGGAAACGUGCACCGUAGAAUUCCAUAAAUGAGUGAGUUGGUCGGUGUUGUUUUUUUUUCUUCCUCUGCCUCUAUAUAACAGGAAGUGUGCGUUGAGCGGCGUGUCCCGGUCCUGUAAGCACCACAUCAAACUGGGUGACAAAGAGGGUUACUACUACAUCUCUCCCUCCAGCAGGGCACGGGUACCUAGCUCUGUUGUUUUUUGAAGAAAAAAUGUGUUUAUUUGAAAAAGUAUUGAAUAAAAUGUAUGCAUUCACUUAUCCUCCUCAACGUCUAUAGACCUAUCAAUGACUACCUUUUGUGUUCAUAAAUACUUUCGUCACGUAGGCCUACGUGAGAAAACGUUUGUUUGAAAGUGUGUGAACCCCUUCCUCAUAUCCACCCCCUUCCAGAUCACGGCUGCGUGUAAUUUCUUCACCUACAUCCGGUACAUCCAGCAGGGUCUGGUCAGACAUGACGGUAAGUCUGACGUCCCCCUUCUAACAGAUAGACACAGACACAGAGAGAUCAACAACAGACACCCAUUUUAACAGUAAUGGUGACAGUGGCAAUGAGUUAUCUUUGUUAAUGCAGACAUUAAAUCUGUCUGGCGUUCUGAAACUGACUGAAACCCUUUCAACCCUAAUGCUUAUGUCUUAGUCUCUGUCCCCUCCCCCCCCCCCCCCCCCCCCCAGCGGAGCAGAUGUUCUGGGAGGUGACACGUCUACGGAGGGAGAUGACUGUGGCCAAGCUGGGCUUCUACCUCACAGACCAGGGGUAGAAGGACAGACGGGAGGAGAUGGUCACCAUAGACCUGGGUCGUGUUUAUUAGGGCACGCCGUAGCAAAACGUUUCAAAAAUGUUGCGCAACGGACAACGAAAAUGAAACUUAUUUCUUCCUCUUCGUGCCCAGUGAACACGGCCCAGGGCUAGAAGACAGGAGACACCAAUCAACUGUACCCUUUUCACACUGUCGGGACAACCCAAACCGAACUGGGCUGGCUUGGUUUGGCUCGGCCCUCAGGAGAACUAUGCUGCUCACUAUUCAUUCACAUGGAUGCCAUAA